AUGGAAAACCAGCAGGUCAUCUCACAGCCCCCUUCCUUUGGUGAUAACAACCAGAGGUCGCGUAGCGUAUCUCUUUCCAAGUUAUUACCGCGGUCCCUGAGAAAAGCAAGCGUGACUCCUACAAAUGAAUCGAGCGCAGGGUCAACCUCAUUAGGAGAUAAUGGGAAGUCCAAGGUACGUCCAAAGGACAUUGAUAAAACGGAAGAAAUAUUAUCACCUUCGAACGCGCAUUGCCACGUUUUAGAGGAUGUCGAAGGACAAACGCCCGCUUCCCCAGACUUUUCCGAUAACGUCGAACAGCAGCAACAGGAACAACAAAUAACGUCGAGGUUUUCUUUGAAGAUAAAAAACCUUUUCAAGUCGUCAUCAUCAAAAGUUCUCGACACUACUGUCUCUGAACCACUGCCCUCUCCUCCUGCGACCCCAGAUGAAAUUGAACUUCCGCAAACGCCGAACUUGGCACACACUCAUUUACCUGUGGGUGUUGAGCCUACAAAAUCUUCUGGUGAAAGCGGAAACAACUCUGCAAGAAGGAUCAGGUCGCCAUCAACUCCAAUUAUGCCAAGUCAUAUGUCUGCAUCUCACCCAGUAGUGAUGCAGGCUCUCAGCGGUAGUGCUCAAGGCUCACCGACAACAAGCACUGCUCGGGCCGACAGGCGAUCUAAUAGGUCAGAUACUGUUCGAGGCAGCAACCCUUAUUUUGUUUAUCAAGGCCUUCCUCCUCAUGCAUUAUCUUCACAAGAUUUCGAUAACAGCAACAACUCUAGUAUGAGGCCUGGCGACUAUCCUUCAUUGUCGUCUGCAACAACUCCUACUACAGGAUCAUCACCGUUAUCCACUUACAUACAGAAGGAUCACCGAAAUUUGAGUAAUCUCUCCUUAAAUGAUAUAAAUGAAAACGAAGAGGUGCAAAGUUUUGGUAAUUCAAAUAUUACCAGCCCAGAAAGAAAGCAAACCAGCAGUACAAAUCCCUUCAGAGAAAGCUCCACUAGCCCACGCAUGCGGGCAGCGACUUUGUCUCCUUUUCCAGUGAUAGUUGUUGAACCUGAAUCGAGGCAUGAUGAAGAGCUGAUUGCCCUUCCUCCACCAGCAAUUGCUGAAGAAAGCGGGGGGAAGAAUUCAAAUGUUAAACCUGUUCUUCGCAGAGUAGCAUCUGAACCGAAUGCGUUGAAAAAUGCUACCGGAAAUUCAAAUUCCUCUUCUUCAGUUUCGAAUAAACACGAAUCCCAUAAUGCAUGUACAACAUCUCAAGGUGAUGAUACGUCGGGAGCUAUUUCAAAGGAGCCAAGGAGGUCAAGGCGUCUAAGGAACAAAUCUUUUAGUAACAAAUUUCAAGAGGUCGUUGUAGGUCCCCAGUCUUUUGAAAAAAUCAAAAUGUUGGGACAAGGAGAUGUGGGGAAAGUCUAUCUUGUUAAGGAGAAAAAGACUAACAGACUCUAUGCUUUGAAGAUCUUCAGCAAAGCUGAAAUGAUAAAAAGGAAAAAGAUCAAACGUAUUUUAGCUGAACAAGAAAUUCUUGCCACCAGCAAUCACCCAUUUAUCGUGACUCUUUACCAUUCAUUUCAAUCGGAAGACUAUCUGUAUUUGUGCAUGGAAUAUUGUAUGGGAGGUGAGUUCUUCAGAGCACUUCAAACUCGCAAGACUAAAUGUAUUGAUGAAGAUGAUGCAAGGUUCUACGCAAGCGAGGUAACGGCUGCAUUAGAAUACCUUCAUUUGAUGGGAUUUAUUUAUAGGGAUUUGAAGCCAGAAAAUAUUCUAUUGCACCAAUCGGGUCAUAUCAUGCUGUCUGAUUUUGACUUAUCAGUUCAAGCAAAGGACACCAAAAACCCUGUGGUCAAAGGUUCGGCUUUAUCAUCGCUGCUGGACACUAAAAUAUGCUCUGAUGGUUUCAGGACUAAUUCAUUCGUCGGAACGGAGGAAUAUAUUGCGCCCGAGGUGAUUCGAGGCAAUGGCCAUACAGCAGCCGUUGAUUGGUGGACACUGGGGAUUCUUAUAUAUGAAAUGCUCUUUGGAUUUACUCCAUUCAAAGGUGAUAAUACUAAUCAGACAUUUUCAAAUAUUUUGAAGAAUGACGUUAUUUUCCCAAAUAACAAUGAAAUAUCUAGAACUUGCAAGGACUUGAUCAAAAGGCUUUUAACGAAGAAUGAGACCAAGAGGUUGGGUUCGAAACUUGGAGCAAGUGACAUAAAAAGACACCCAUUUUUCAAAAAGGUCCAAUGGUCAUUGCUGAGAAAUCAGGAACCACCGCUAAUACCAGUUCUGACGGAGGACGGAUAUGAUUUUACAAAGCUGUCAAACAACACUAACAAAGGAGUGGAGAAGAGCAAAGGAAUUGGUAAGGGUAAAGGCUCCGGUGAUCUUACGACCGAACAAGAAAGGAUUAUGUUUGAAGAAAAAGUAGAACCAGAUGACAUUGUAUCUGAUGAUGACCCCUUUCAUGACUUCAACUCAAUGAGUUUGAUGCAACAAGAUAAUAACUCAUUAAUUUACGGAGACAAUAAUUCUUAUGGAAAAAUAUCAUACACUCCGAAUCAUAAUAGAUCUCGAAGUAAUAGUCAUCGAUUUUUCAAGAGAACAUAA